AUGGGCCGGCUGGGGACAAGUGCUAUUAAGCCGGACAAAGAGAAGAGAAGGCUGCGAGGGAGGCGGCGGUGCGAUGGUUUUGUGAAGGCCCCGUUAGCCAUCCAGCUUCAGCUUCGUUGUAACACCGCCUCGUUAGCGGAGCACGCCGUGGCCCCAAUGCCCGGGCUGGCGAAACACGACCCAACUCUCUGCAGAAGGGCACGAGAGACAGAGGUUCCAAAGCCCCGACUAACAACACAGAUCCCAUGUAGUUGGAGAACCAAAGGCCUCAUACAUGACAAAAAGACUGAACCGUUCAGGUUACUUGCAUGGAGUUGGUGCUUAAAUGAUGAGCAGUUCUUAGGUUUUGGCUCAGAUGAAGAAGUCCGAGUACGAAGUCCCACAAGGUCUCCUUCAGUUAAAACUAGCCCUCGAAAGCCUCGCGGGAGACCCAGAAGUGGCUCUGACCGGAAUUCGGCUCUCCUCUCAGAUCCGUCUGUGUUUUCCCCUCUAAAUAAAUCGGAGACCAAAUCUGGAGAUAAGAUCAAGAAGAAAGAUUCUAAAAGCAUAGAAAAGAAGAGAGGAAGACCCCCCACCUUCCCUGGAGUAAAAAUCAAAAUAACACACGGAAAGGACAUUUCAGAGCUACCAAAGGGAAGCAAAGAAGAUAGCUUGAAAAAGAUUAAACGGACACCUUCUGCUACAUUUCAGCAAGCCACAAAGAUUAAAAAAUUAAGAGCAGGUAAACUCUCUCCUCUCAAGUCUAAGUUUAAGACAGGGAAGCUUCAAAUAGGAAGGAAGGGGGUACAGAUUGUCCGACGGCGAGGAAGGCCUCCAUCCACCGAAAGGAUAAAGACCCCUUCCGGCCUCCUCAUUAACUCUGAACUGGAAAAGCCCCAGAAGGUCCGGAAGGACAAGGAAGGAACACCUCCACUCACAAAAGAAGAUAAGACAGUAGUCAGACAAAGCCCUCGAAGGAUUAAGCCGGUUAGGAUUAUUCCUUCUUCCAAAAGGACAGAUGCGACAAUUGCUAAGCAGCUCUUGCAGAGGGCGAAAAAGGGGGCUCAGAAGAAAAUCGAGAAAGAAGCGGCCCAGCUGCAAGGCAGAAAGGUGAAGACACAGGUCAAGAACAUUCGGCAGUUCAUUAUGCCUGUCGUCAGUGCCAUCUCCUCGCGCAUCAUUAAAACCCCUCGGCGGUUCAUAGAGGAUGAGGAUUAUGACCCUCCAAUUAAAAUUGCCCGACUCGAGUCUACCCCGAACAGCAGAUUCAGUGCCACGUCCUGUGGGUCUUCUGAAAAAUCAAGUGCGGCUUCUCAGCACUCCUCUCAAAUGUCUUCGGACUCCUCCCGAUCCAGUAGCCCCAGCGUCGAUACCUCCACAGAUUCUCAGGCCUCGGAGGAGAUCCAGGUACUUCCUGAAGAGCGGAGCGAUACCCCCGAAGUUCACACCCCACUGCCUAUUUCCCAGUCCCCAGAAAACGACGGCAACGACAGGAGGAGCAGAAGGUAUUCCGUGUCCGAGAGGAGUUUCGGGUCGAGAGCAACGAAAAAACUGUCCACCCUGCAAAGUGCCCCCCAGCAGCAGCCCUCCUCCUCUCCGCCUCCGCCCCUGCUCACCCCACCCCCGCCGCUGCAGCCGGCCUCCAGCAUCUCUGACCACACACCUUGGCUCAUGCCUCCCACCAUCCCCUUAGCAUCACCAUUUUUGCCUGCUUCUGCCGCUCCCAUGCAAGGGAAGCGAAAGUCGAUCUUGCGAGAACCGACGUUUAGGUGGACCUCUUUAAAGCAUUCUAGGUCAGAGCCACAGUACUUUUCCUCAGCAAAGUAUGCCAAAGAAGGUCUUAUUCGCAAACCCAUAUUUGAUAAUUUCCGACCCCCUCCGCUGACUCCUGAGGACGUUGGCUUCGCGUCGGGUUUCUCUCCAUCUGGUACUGCUGCUUCAGCCCGAUUGUUUUCACCGCUCCACUCCGGAACAAGGUUCGAUAUGCACAAAAGGAGCCCUCUUCUGAGAGCUCCCAGAUUUACUCCGAGCGAGGCUCACUCUAGAAUAUUUGAGUCUGUAACCUUGCCUAGUAAUCGGACUUCUGCUGGAACGUCUUCUUCAGGAGUGUCCAACAGAAAAAGGAAAAGGAAAGUCUUUAGUCCCAUUCGAUCUGAACCAAGAUCUCCUUCUCACUCCAUGAGGACAAGAAGCGGAAGGCUUAGCACUGCUGAGCUGUCACCUCUCACCCCGCCGUCUUCUGUCUCUUCCUCGUUAAGCAUAUCUGUUAGUCCUCUUGCCACUAGUGCCUUAAACCCAACUUUUACUUUUCCUUCUCAUUCCCUGACUCAGUCUGGGGAGUCUGCGGAGAAAAGCCAGAGACCAAGGAAGCAGGCUAGUGCUCCGGCAGAGCCGUUUUCAUCCAGCAGCCCCUCUCCUCUCUUCCCUUGGUUUACCCCAGGCUCUCAGACUGAGAGAGGGAGAAAUAAAGACAAGGCCCCUGAGGAGCUGUCCAAAGAUCGAGAUGCUGACAAGAGCGUGGAGAAGGACAAGAGUAGAGAGCGAGACCGGGAGAGAGAAAAAGAGAAUAAGCGGGAGUCAAGGAAAGAGAAAAGGAAAAAGGGAUCAGAGAUUCAGAGUAGUUCUGCAUUGUAUCCUGUGAGUAGGGUUUCCAAAGAGAAGGCCGUUGGUGAAGAUGUUGCCACUUCAUCUUCCGCCAAAAAAGCAACAGGGCGGAAGAAGUCUUCGUCGCUUGAUUCUGGGACUGAUAUGGCCUCCGUGACUCUUGGGGACACAACAGCUGUCAAAACCAAAAUACUUCUAAAGAAGGGGAGAGGAAAUCUGGAAAAAAACAACUUGGACCUCGGCCCAACUGCCCCAUCCCUGGAGAAGGAGAAAACCCUCUGCCUUUCCACUCCUUCAUCUAGCACUGUUAAACAUUCCACUUCCUCCAUAGGCUCCAUGUUGGCUCAGGCAGACAAGCUUCCAAUGACGGACAAGAGGGUUGCCAGCCUCCUAAAAAAGGCCAAAGCCCAGCUCUGCAAGAUUGAGAAGAGUAAGAGUCUUAAACAAACUGACCAGCCCAAAGCACAGGGUCAAGAGAGUGAUUCAUCAGAGACCUCUGUGCGAGGACCCCGCAUUAAACAUGUCUGCAGAAGAGCUGCUGUUGCCCUUGGCCGAAAACGAGCUGUGUUUCCUGAUGACAUGCCCACCCUGAGUGCCUUACCAUGGGAAGAACGAGAAAAGAUUUUGUCUUCCAUGGGGAAUGACGACAAGUCAUCAAUUGCUGGCUCAGAAGAUGCUGAACCUCUUGCUCCACCCAUCAAACCAAUUAAACCCGUUACCAGAAACAAGGCGCCUCAGGAACCUCCAGUAAAGAAAGGACGACGGUCCAGGCGGUGUGGGCAGUGUCCCGGCUGCCAGGUGCCUGAGGACUGUGGUGUUUGUACUAAUUGCUUAGACAAGCCCAAGUUUGGUGGCCGAAAUAUAAAGAAGCAGUGCUGCAAGAUGAGAAAAUGUCAGAAUCUACAAUGGAUGCCUUCCAAAGCCUACCUUCAGAAGCAAGCAAAAGCUGUGAAAAAGAAAGAGAAAAAGUCUAAGACCAGUGAAAAGAAAGAGAGCAAAGAGAGCAGUGUUGUGAAGAAUGUGGUGGACUGUGGUCAGAAGCCUACCCCGGCAGCAAGAGAGGACCCUGCCCCCAAGAAAAGCAAUAGUGAACCACCCCCUCGAAAGCCCGUCGAGGAAAAGAGUGAAGAAGGGAAUGCCUCUGCCCCAGGACCUGAAUCCAAACAAGUUACCACCCCGACUUCCAGGAAGUCCGGCAAGCAGGUCUCCCAGCCGCCUCCAGUCACCCCCCCACAGCCACCAAGCACAGCACCGCCAAGAAAAGAAGUUCCCAAGACCACUCCUAGCGAGCCCAAGAAAAAGCAGCCUCCACCACCAGAAUCAGGUCCAGAGCAAAGCAAGCAGAAAAAAGUGGCUCCUCGACCAAGUAUUCCUGUAAAACAAAAACCAAAAGAAAAGGAAAAGCCACCUCCAGUCAGUAAGCAGGAGAACACAGGCACUUUGAACAUCCUCAGCACUCUCUCCAAUGGCAAUAGUUCGAAGCAAAAAAUCCCAGCAGACGGAGUCCACAGGAUCAGAGUGGACUUUAAGGAGGAUUGUGAAGCAGAAAAUGUAUGGGAGAUGGGAGGCUUAGGAAUCCUGACCUCUGUUCCUAUAACCCCCAGAGUGGUUUGCUUUCUCUGUGCCAGCAGUGGGCAUGUAGAGUUUGUGUAUUGCCAAGUCUGUUGUGAGCCCUUCCACAAGUUUUGUUUAGAGGAGAACGAGCGCCCUCUGGAGGACCAGCUGGAAAAUUGGUGUUGUCGUCGCUGCAAGUUCUGUCAUGUCUGUGGAAGGCAGCACCAGGCUACAAAGCAGCUGCUGGAGUGUAAUAAGUGCCGAAACAGCUAUCACCCUGAGUGCCUGGGACCAAACUACCCCACCAAACCCACAAAGAAAAAGAAAGUUUGGAUCUGCACCAAGUGUGUUCGUUGCAAGAGCUGUGGAUCCACGACUCCAGGCAAAGGAUGGGACGCACAGUGGUCUCAUGAUUUUUCACUGUGCCAUGACUGUGCCAAACUCUUUGCUAAAGGGAACUUCUGCCCUCUGUGUGACAAGUGCUAUGACGACGACGACUACGAGAGCAAGAUGAUGCAGUGUGGGAAGUGCGACCGCUGGGUCCACUCCAAAUGUGAGAAUCUUUCAGGUACAGAAGAUGAGAUGUAUGAGAUUCUAUCUAAUCUGCCAGAAAGCGUGGCCUAUACUUGUGUGAACUGUACUGAGCGGCACCCUGCAGAGUGGCGACUGGCCCUUGAAAAAGAGCUACAGAUCUCUCUGAAGCAAGUCCUGACAGCUUUGCUGAACUCUCGGACCACCAGCCACUUGCUCCGCUACCGACAGGCUGCCAAGCCACCAGACUUAAAUCCUGAGACAGAGGAGAGCAUACCUUCCCGCAGCUCCCCGGAAGGGCCUGACCCGCCGGUGCUUACCGAGGUCAGCAAACAGGAGGAGCAGCAGCCUUUAGAUCUGGAAGGAGUGAAGAGGAAAAUGGACCAAGGGAGUUACACAUCCGUGUUGGAGUUCAGUGAUGAUAUCGUGAAGAUCAUUCAAGCAGCCAUUAAUUCAGAUGGAGGACAGCCAGAAAUUAAAAAAGCCAACAGCAUGGUCAAGUCCUUCUUUAUUCGGCAAAUGGAACGUGUUUUUCCAUGGUUCAGUGUCAAAAAGUCUAGGUUUUGGGAGCCAAAUAAAGUAUCGAGCAACAGUGGGAUGUUACCAAACGCAGUGCUUCCACCUUCACUUGACCAUAAUUAUGCUCAGUGGCAGGAGCGAGAGGAAAACAGCCACACUGAGCAGCCUCCUUUAAUGAAGAAAAUCAUCCCAGCUCCCAAACCUAAAGGGCCCGGAGAACCAGACUCUCCAACACCACUCCAUCCUCCUACACCACCAAUUCUGAGUACUGAUAGGAGUCGAGAAGAUAGUCCAGAACUGAAUCCACCCCCAGGCAUCGAGGAUAAUAGACAAUGUGCAUUGUGUUUGAUGUAUGGUGAUGACAGUGCUAAUGAUGCUGGCCGUUUGCUAUACAUUGGCCAAAAUGAGUGGACACAUGUAAAUUGCGCUUUGUGGUCAGCAGAAGUGUUUGAAGACGAUGAUGGAUCACUAAAGAAUGUGCACAUGGCUGUGAUCAGGGGCAAACAGCUGAGAUGUGAAUUCUGCCAAAAGCCAGGAGCCACUGUGGGUUGCUGCCUUACAUCCUGCACCAGCAACUAUCACUUCAUGUGUUCUCGCGCCAAGAACUGUGUCUUUCUGGAUGAUAAGAAAGUAUAUUGCCAACGACAUCGGGAUUUGAUCAAAGGCGAGGUGGUUCCUGAGAAUGGAUUUGAAGUUUUUAGAAGAGUGUUUGUGGACUUUGAAGGAAUCAGCUUGAGAAGGAAGUUUCUCAAUGGCUUGGAACCAGAAAAUAUCCACAUGAUGAUUGGCUCCAUGACAAUUGACUGCUUAGGAAUUCUGAAUGAUCUCUCUGACUGUGAAGAUAAGCUUUUUCCUAUCGGAUAUCAGUGUUCCAGGGUGUACUGGAGUACCACGGAUGCUCGCAAGCGCUGUGUGUACACGUGCAAGAUAGUGGAGUGCCGUCCUCCGGUUGUAGAGCCAGAUAUCAACAGCACUGUGGAGCACGAUGAAAACAGGACCAUCGCUCACAGUCCCACGUCUUUUGCAGAAAUUUCAUCUAAAGAAAGUCAGAACACAGCUGAAAUUAUAAGUCCUCCUUCACCAGACCGACCUCAUUCGCAAACCUCUGGUUCCUGUUUUUAUCAUGUCAUCUCGAAGGUCCCUAGGAUUCGAACACCUAGUUACUCUCCAACACAGAGAUCCCCUGGCUGUCGGCCAUUGCCUUCUGCAGGAAGUCCUACCCCAACCACUCAUGAAAUAGUCACAGUGGGUGACCCUUUACUCUCCUCUGGACUCCGAAGCAUUGGCUCCAGGCGACACAGCACUUCUUCCCUGUCACCCCAGCGGUCUAAACUCCGGAUAAUGUCUCCAGUGAGAACUGGGAGUACUUACUCCAGGAAUAGUGUUCCCUCAGUCUCCGCCAUCGGGACUGCCACAGAUCUUGAGUCAAGUGCCAAAGCAGUUGAUCACGUCUUAGGACCGCUGAACUCAAACAGUAACUUAGGGCAAAACACUCCCACCUCUUCAAAUUUGCAAAGGACAGUGGUUACUAUGGGCACUAAAACCAGUCACUUGGACGGAUCUUCAUCUUCAGAAAUGAAGCACUCCAGUGCUUCCGACUUGGCAUCCAAGAGCUCCUCUUUGAAGGGAGAGAAGGCCAAAGUGCCAGGUUCCAAGAGUUCAGAGGGAUCUGCACAUGCUGUGGCUUAUCCUGGCAUUCCCAAGCUGGCCCCGCAGCUUCAUAACACAGCAUCUGGAGAAUUAAAUGCUAGCAAGAUCGGCACUUUUGCUGAACUCUCUUCGGUGCCGUUUUCUUCUAAAGAGGCCCUCUCCUUCCCCCCACUCCAUCUGAGAGGGCAAAGGAACGAUCGAGACCAACACGCAGACUCGAACCAAUCAGUAAACCCCUCUCCCGAGGAAGAUGCGGAAGUCAAAACCUUGAAGCUAUCUGGAGUGAGCAACAGGUCAUCCAUUGUCAAUGAACAUGUGGGAUCUAGUUCCAGGGACAGGAGACAGAAAGGGAAAAAGUCUUGUAAAGAAACUUUCAAAGAAAAACAUUCCAGUAAGUCUUUUUUGGAACCUGGUCAGGUGACCACCGGUGAGGAAGGAAACCUAAAGCCGGAGUUUGUUGAUGAAGUUUUGACUCCAGAAUUUAUGGGGCAACGACCAUGUAAUAAUGUUUCUUCUGAUAAGAUUGGAGACAAAGUCCUGUCUAUUCCAGGAGUCCCCAAAGCUCCAUCCUUGCAAGUAGAAGGAUCUGCCAAGGAAUUACAGACACCCCGGAAACGCACGGUCAAAGUGACACUGACGCCUCUCAAAAUGGAAAGUGAGGGCCAGUCCAAGAAUACCCUGAAAGAAAGUAGUCCCGUUUCCCCUCUGCAAAUAGAGUCAGCGUCUCCAACAGAACCAGUUUCAGCCUCUGAAAGUCCAGGAGAUGGUCCAGUGGCCCAGCCAAGCCCCAAUAAUACCUCAUCCCAGGAUUCUCAAAGUAACAAUUAUCAGAAUCUUCCGGUUCAGGACAGAAACCUGAUGCUUCCAGAUGGUCCCAAACCUCAGGAGGAUGGCUCUUUCAAGCGGAGAUACCCCCGUCGCAGUGCCCGGGCACGCUCUAACAUGUUCUUCGGGCUCACCCCACUCUAUGGGGUAAGAUCCUACGGUGAAGAAGACAUUCCAUUCUACAGCAGCUCAACUGGGAAGAAACGAGGCAAGAGAUCAGCUGAGGGACAGGUGGAUGGGGCCGAUGACCUAAGCACUUCUGAUGAAGAUGACUUAUAUUAUUACAAUUUCACUAGGACAGUGAUUUCUUCAGGCGGAGAGGAACGGCUGGCAUCCCAUAAUCUAUUUCGGGAGGAAGAACAGUGUGACCUCCCGAAGAUUUCUCAGCUGGAUGGUGUCGAUGACGGCACAGAGAGCGAUACGAGCGUCACAGCCACAGCGAGGAAGAGCAGCCAGAUUCCAAAGAGAAACGGCAAAGAAAACGGAACGGAAAACUUAAAGAUGGAGCGGCCUGAAGACGCCGGCGAGAAAGAGCACGUCAUUAAGAGUUCCGUGGGCCACAAAAAUGAGCCAAAGAUGGAUAACUGCCACUCUGUGAGCAGAGUUAAAACACAGGGGCAGGAUUCCUUGGAGGCUCAGCUCAGCUCAUUGGAGUCAAGCCGCAGAGUCCACACGAGCACCCCGUCGGACAAGAACCUACUAGACACCUACAACACCGAGCUCCUGAAAUCGGACUCGGAUAACAACAACAGCGACGACUGUGGGAACAUCCUGCCCUCGGACAUCAUGGACUUCGUCCUAAAGAAUACCCCAUCCAUGCAGGCUUUGGGCGAGAGCCCAGAGUCCUCUUCAUCGGAACUCCUAAAUCUCGGUGAAGGCUUGGGUCUCGACAGUAACCGGGAAAAGGACAUGGGUCUUUUCGAAGUGUUUUCUCAGCAGCUGCCCACGACAGAACCUGUGGACAGUAGCGUCUCCUCCUCUAUCUCAGCAGAGGAGCAGUUCGAGCUGCCCCUGGAGCUGCCGUCUGAUCUGUCCGUCCUGACCACCCGGAGUCCCACGGUCCCCAGCCAGAAUGCCAGCAGACUGGCUGUGAUCUCUGACUCAGGAGAGAAGAGGGUGACCAUCACAGAGAAGUCUGUGGCCUCCUCUGAAGGGGACUCGGCACUGCUGAGUCCCGGAGUAGAUCCGACGCCCGAAGGCCACAUGACUCCCGAUCAUUUUAUCCAAGGACACAUGGACGCGGACCACAUCUCCAGCCCUCCUUGUGGUUCAGUGGAGCAGGGUCAUGGCAACAAUCAGGAUUUAACUAGAAACAGUAGCACCCCCGGCCUUCAGGUACCUGUUUCCCCUACUGUUCCUAUCCAGAACCAGAAAUAUGUGCCCAACUCUACCGAGAGUCCUGGCCCAUCUCAGAUUUCUAAUGCAGCUGUCCAGACCACUCCACCCCACCUGAAACCAGCCACUGAGAAACUCAUUGUUGUUAACCAGAACAUGCAGCCACUUUAUGUUCUCCAAACUCUUCCAAAUGGAGUGACCCAAAAAAUCCAAUUGACCUCUUCUGUUAGUUCUACACCCAAUGUGAUGGAGACAAAUACUUCAGUAUUGGGGCCCAUGGGAAGUGGUCUCACCCUAGCCACGGGACUAAAUCCAAGCUUGCCAACUUCUCCAUCUCUCUUCCCUCCUGCUAGCAAAGGAUUGCUCCCCAUGUCUCAUCGCCAGCACUUACAUUCCUUCCCCGCAGCUACUCAAAGUAGUUUCCCACCCAACAUCAACAGCCCUCCUUCAGGCCUACUUAUUGGGGUUCAGCCUCCUCCAGAUCCCCAACUUUUGGUUUCAGAAGCCAGCCAGAGGACAGACCUCAGUACCACAGUAGCCACUCCAUCCUCUGGACUCAAGAAAAGACCCAUAUCUCGUCUGCAGACCCGAAAGAAUAAAAAACUCGCUCCCUCUAGCAACCCUUCAAACAUUGCCCCUUCCGAUGUGGUUUCUAACAUGACACUGAUUAACUUCACACCCUCCCAGCUGCCAAAUCAUCCCAAUCUGCUAGAUUUGGGCUCACUUAACACUUCAUCUCACCGAACUGUCCCCAACAUCAUAAAAAGGUCUAAAUCUGGCAUCAUGUAUUUUGAACAGGCUCCGCUGUUACCGCAGAGUGUGGGAGGCACUGCCGCGGCGGCGGCGGGCGCAUCAACAAUAAGCCAGGACACUGGCCACCUCACCGCGGGGCCUGUGUCUGGCUUGGCAUCCGGUUCGUCCGUCUUGAACGUUGUAUCCAUGCAAACCGCAACAACCCCUACAAGUAGUGCAUCAGUUCCGGGACAUGUCGCGUUAACCAACCCCAGGCUGCUCGGUACCCCGGAUAUUGGCUCAAUAAGCAACCUUUUAAUCAAAGCCAGUCAGCAGAGCCUGGGGAUGCAGGACCAGCCUGUGGCUUUACCACCAAGUUCAGGAAUGUUUCCGCAACUGGGGACAUCCCAGGCUCCUCCUGCCGCGAUGACAGCGGCAUCUAGCAUCUGCGUGCUCCCCUCUGCUCAGACCGCGGGCAUAACGGCCGCGUCGCCUCCGGGGGAAGCAGAAGAACACUAUCAGCUUCAGCACGUGAACCAGCUCCUUGCCAGCAAAACUGGGAUUCUCCCUUCCCAGCGUGAUCUUGAUUCUGCUCCAGGGACCCAGGGAGCCAGCUUUCCCCAGACAGUAGAUGCCCCCAACAGCGUGGGGCUGGAGCAGAACAAGGCUUUAUCCUCAGCUAUGCAAGCCAGCUCAGCCUCUCCUGGGGGCUCUCCGUCCUCUGGGCAGCAGUCAGCAAGCCCCUCCGUGCCGGGUCCCACCAAACCCAAACCAAAAAUCAAACGGAUUCAGCUGCCUUUGGACAAAGGGAAUGGCAAGAAGCACAAAGUUUCCCAUUCGCGGACCAGUUCUUCUGAAGCACACAUUCCAGACCAGGAAGCCAGCGCGACAUCCCUGACCUCAGUCACAGGGCAAGUUCUUCCUGAGAUUCAGACAACACAAAAUUCAGCAAAUGAACAAGAAAGUACAGAACCUAAAACAGUGGAAGAAGAAGAAAGCAAUUUCAGCUCUCCACUGAUGCUUUGGCUCCAGCAAGAACAGAAAAGAAAGGAAAGCAUUGCUGAGAAAAAGCCCAAGAAAGGACUUGUUUUUGAAAUUUCAAGUGAUGAUGGCUUUCAGAUCUGUGCGGAAAGUAUCGAAGAUGCCUGGAAGUCACUGACAGAUAAAGUCCAGGAAGCUCGAUCAAAUGCCCGCCUAAAGCAGCUCUCAUUUGCAGGUAACGGCCGCAGUGGUCAUUUUAUUCUGAAUACUCUGUCUCAGAGUAUUCUGGGAAACCUUAGCUUAUUCCCCAAGUUGCUGGCAGGUAUGCUGAAUUUUGGCAAUGGACUCGAGGCUGAGCUAGAAGAGGAAUUACUCGUUUCUAUGGUUGACGGGGAGUGA